AUGUCAGGCCUUGUAAGCUACGAGAGCAGCGAUGAGGAGGAGGUCGAGCAACAGCCAGAACCAAAGCCACUGAAACAAACUCAAGAUACUACCGGGGGCACCAAUGAGAAAUCAAAGCCUCUAAUAGCAGAGCCCGCCACCGCGCUGCAAAAACCAGUCGAGAAAGCAGAAGCCAUCAUCGGGCCACAAAUAGGCCCAGCUCCAGCUCCAGCUGCAGGACCCAGCUUCCCUCCACUAGAAGAAGCACCACUAGAGGACGACGAAGCAGACGCCGGACCAGGCCUCCCUCCCGGAUCUCCGUACACAGCAACCCGCGCACUACUGCGGGACCUCACGCUCCCCCCAAUUCCCAACACGGACAUGCCGGCAUCUCCGCCUGGAUCACCCCCACCCGCAACUAGCGCCAAGUUCGAACGUUUCCUCGAGCUGAAGAAGCAGGGCGUGCAUUUCAACUCCAAAGUCGCGCAGAAUCCAUCCUUACGCAACCCCGCACUAACGGAAAAGCUCCUAGCCUUCGUCGAGCUCGGCGGCGCCGCGGACCAGUAUCAGACUACGCUGCCGGCUGAUAUAUGGGACCCGGCUGCGUUCCCGAGGUGGGCUUACAAGGAACAGCUUAAGCAGAGCCAGGCCGAUAUGGAGAAGGCAAGGGCGAGGGGGAAGGGGGCUCCUGUUGAAUUUGUGGCAGCGACAGCGUCUUCGGUCGAGGAUGGACAGGGGGGUGGGUUGAAGACGAAUACUGGGAAGCGGAAGACGAGAUUUGAUGCUUGA